CGGCAAACCACCAAACCGCUUCGACGUCGACGUCCGACGUUGUUUUCGUUUCAUCAUCGAGGUAUCCUAACGACUAGUGAAUCACCUUGACGAGAAAGAGGUUCUCCACGUGUUUUUUUCUUUAUUCCGCGUAGUACGUCUCCAAGAUCAUCGCAGCAUUGUGAGUGGGUGUAAAGUUUUUAGAAUAAUUUUUUCCGCGUAUCUUACACGUGUGUUUAUUCAUUCGCUGGAAGAAAAACCCUAAUUGAUCAACCUGAAUGGGAUAUAAACAGUCCAGACACGAUUGGAACAACAAGCUUACACCGCCCACGCGUCGUCCAUCAACAGCGACAGCGGAAUCUCGAGGAACAGGCUGCCAAAGAAUCAUCAAACAUCGUUGUAUAUUCUGCUAAAGAGUCGAAUACACGUGGCGCGGGCUUGCUGAAGUCGCAGAAACGGGCACCGUCAUCUGGAGAACGUCAACUCCCACCACGAGAGGAAGCAGGAGAAGGAAAAAAAGAAUAACGAUAUGCCCCAAUGAUGAAGAGCUUUUCGAAAUCACUUCAACGACGGACUCGGUGUAUUUAUAACACAACGUACUGCAUCGGCAUAUAAUACGCAGCCGUAAACCGAACUGCUAUGCUUCUUAAGUGCGGCUCAACUUCACAAGUGCGGUUCGGCCUGUCGAGCAUCAGCGUCUGCAGCACUUGAAGGACUAAAUUUGAACAGUACCUGUGAUGAUCGGUGAUGGCAGCAGGAACCCCGAUCCUCGUUCCGAUCAUUGUGACGAUCGCGGUCCUCCUAUUCACCGAAACGACGCCCGUUUCAUCGAUCCUACGCCGGAGGGUUUCGGCCGUGAAACUCAAUCAUGAUCACAUGGAACUCGUGGAAGAGGAAACUUGCUCCAAUCAAACCCUCAGGAUGACCUGCAGGUCCCUCAAGGCCAUCUUGAUCGUUCUUGAAGCUGAGUACAAACCGAAUGACUCAAAUUUGUGCGAAGUCGAAGCCAGAGGAUCUGAAGAUAUCGCGACCAUACGCCGCUUCCAGAUGAUCAGAAAUCUUUAUGGUGAUUACGAUUCAAGACCUGACAGAGUGGACUUGAAAUUAUCCAUAAACAGAAGAUGCUCGGGACUGCAGCACUGUCGUUUCAACGUAUAUUCGGACCACUCUGAAGCCUUAUUCUGGAGCCCGGCGAACCUGCGGUUGAAAUAUGCCUGCACCCCAGAAGCGGCGAUCAUCAAGUACUGCAACAGGAUGCUGCCGGUCAUUGGAGGGGAAGGAGGCUUCCUGAAGAGCCCGGGAUAUCCGCUCUUCUAUACGGGUGGCAGCACGUGCGGCUGGACUUUCAAGUCGCUGCCAGGUCAGAGGAUCGCCUUGACCUUUCAUGACCUGGACAUACGCAGUCCCGAGCAGGAUGGAAGCUGCGUCGACGUGAUCAGGAUACGGGAGAACAGGGUCACCCUUUUUGAAUCUUGUGGAACUGCGGUCGGUGUCCAGGUGCUCUCCGAGUCAAACGUCGUCACCUUGGACCUGAUUGCAUCAGGCAAAAUCUACCCCUCCAGGGGAUUUCUCUUGCAAUAUAAGGCUGUUGGAUGUCCGCAAGUUCAACCUCCAAACGGAAGCUACGCAGUGAACGAAACUGGUGAUGCUAAAACCUUUCUAUGCAAACUAGGAACUGUAUUCCCUGACACCAAUAAGAGAACCAGAUUGAUUCAAUGCAAGAACGGGAUCUGGAGCGAAGACAGGCAGAUGAUUAGCUCUCAGAGAUGCGUUCUCACAGCGUCUGAGAUCGAGAGGAACGCAGGAACGCGACGGUCUUCGGCGCUAUCAAGCCUCGCGGAAGAACCGGGAACAGGUAGCAACACUGGUAUUUUUCCCGUGAAUGGUGUGGUGGUGAGGUCGCAUGACUCAAUGCACUCCAUGAGCUCAACCGCGGAUCCAGGAAACGCGGCCAUGAUGAAGGACGGAAACUACGUCGUAGAUUUCAUCGUACCGACCGCCCUAAUCGCGUUGCUGUUCAUCUUCAACGCGAUCAUCGUCUGGGUAAUAUUCCAGUACAGAAAAAGGAAACAGCCAGCCAUCGAAGGAGAGGAAAUGGCACUGCGGCCAAAGUCGGAAGAGCUUCCGCAUGUGUGAUAAGUUUAUUUUUACCUACAGUUUUUUUUAUUUUAUUUUAUUUUUUCCGUUUUUAACUUUAUUUCUUUUGUAAACUCACCUCUUAGAAUACGUGUUUAAGAAUUAUAUUUUAUAUCUAUUUGUGAAAAAAAGAAAAAACAAGAACACUGAGGGAGAAGUGAAAAUACGCCUAUAAGAAAAAAAUAUUUUCAACUAUUUAAAUUUAAAAUCAACACGCGUUUUCGCACAUCCAUACUUUUGAGGCUUACGACUUCGUGUACCAUACAUAAUAUAUUACAGUACAACCUCUCAAUAAUGCCACUUCCCCUAAUCCGUGCUCGAACGCUUCCCCCACUACCAUACUACUACACUCCGGCAUUAUCCGCAUUCUCUCUCAACAAUGCCACUGGUAAAAUACGUACAUACACAAAGGUACGGAAAUUACACUUUUUCGCGCGGUACUAUUGAGAGGGUCGAGAAAUAAUUCUGGAGGACGAGAGUUUGUAGUUAGAGUGGGGGAACCGAGAUUCUGAGAAAUGUAUUCUCCCCUCACAGCCCGUGAGCGGCUCUAUGAAGAGGUUGCACUGAAUAUAAAUAAUAAUAAUAAUUUAAUUAUCAGUCUCAAGACACACAGGCCUAAAAUGAAAAUAGUACGAAAUGAAGCACAGAAUGAAGGGAAAAAAUUAACUUCGCGAAGCAAAUUGUCUCUCGCCUAAAGUAAUAAUAAUAAGAAUGAAAAUAAGAAUGAAAUAAAAGCAGGAAAUAAAGAAAAAACUUGACCAAGUUAUCUCCAGUAAAAUAAAAGUAUGGUCCCAAACGAUUGAUCAUGUCACAAACUUUCAUGUUUGCAAGUUUCUAACUUUUCCCAUACGAUUCUAGAAGCGUUGAUACCAAAGUCUAUUCGAUGUGACAAAAAAUAUUGACUGAACUAAAACUCGUGGAUAUUCCAAAGUUUUCGAUCAUCAUCGUAGAGAAAUCGGAAAUUCUCGGAAAAUCGUGACACAGAUUUCAUUUAUAAUAGCCCAAAACAGUUCUCGGGAAACUCUCGUUAGCUAUUUCAGUUGAAAUACUACUCGAGGAAAAUUCAAGAGUAAGUUCGAAAUUCUAGGUUUUCGAUUGAGUUUUGUGAUUGAAAGCAGAAUACGAUAAUUCUAUAUUUUUCCCGCUUUUGUAGGUAUAUAACGACUCUGUAAUAAAAAUGAGAACUUUACCCAAAAUUGUGCGAUUAAAUUUCAACGAAAAAUAUCUCUUCUGGAAUAUUCUUACGUAAAAUCAUAAUUAUUAUCGAAACAAACCCUUAUAUUGUAUGUAAGCUUGAAUGUACGUAUAUUGUAUUCGUGUAGCCUGAAUCAAGGAGAUAAUCCCGAUGCAAAAAUGGCGUACACUGAUUAAGAUUGCAAAUAUCACAAAUUGAUUUUAAUUAUUACAGAGAUUACCGAAUGAUUGCAAAGAUUUCAGCAAGAUGACUAAGCAUUAAAAAAUUUGCAAGGGUUGCAAAAGAUUACAGGGAUUACGGGUCGAUUACAGAGUUUACAUAGAGAUUGCAAAAAAUAACAAAAAAUACUCAAAAUUACAAUGAAUACAAUAGAA